AUGGCUUUACCAGCCCAGCAACAGAGUCAUAAAGAACAUCGUAAGAAAAAAGAUGACAAGAAAACAGCUAAAAAAAAAUUGCAUUCUCAAGGCUUUAAUGUAAAAGCUUUUGCAGUUAGUGCCCCCGGUAAGCUAGCAAAACAGCUUCAAAGAACUAGUGACAAAAAUGAACGUAAAUUACAUGUUCCCAUGGUCGAUCGUACACCAGAAAACGAUCCACCACCAAUCAUAGUUUCUGUUGUUGGUCCACCAGGAACUGGUAAGACUACUCUAAUAAAAUCCUUAGUUAGAAGAUUAACUAAAACGUCUUUGACAGAAAUCAAUGGCCCUAUUACAGUUGUUAGUGGGAAAAAAAGAAGACUAACUUUUAUUGAAUGUCCAAGUGACGAUUUGAACUCUAUGAUUGAUAUUUCUAAAGUCUCAGAUUUGGUUCUAUUGAUGAUUGAUGGUAAUUUUGGAUUUGAAAUGGAAACCAUGGAGUUUUUAAAUUUUUGUCAACAUCACGGUAUGCCUAAAGUUUUAGGGAUCGCUACCCAUUUGGAUUUAUUCAAAAAACAAUCCACAUUAAGGGCCACUAAAAAAAAAUUAAAACACAGAUUUUGGACAGAAGUCUAUCAAGGUGCCAAGCUAUUUUAUUUAAGCGGUGUCAUUAACGGCAGAUAUCCUGAUAGAGAAAUUUUGAACUUAUCUAGAUUUAUUUCAGUAAUGAAAUUUAGGCCAUUGAAAUGGAGAAAUGAACACCCGUACAUGCUGGUUGACAGAGUCACAGAUUUGACUCAUCCAGAAAUCAUUGAAACAAAAGGUGUUCAAGUUGAUCGUAAAGUUGCAUUAUACGGUUACUUGCAUGGAACUGCAUUGCCAUCCUUUAAAGGUUUUAAGGUUCAUUUAUGUGGUGUAGGGGACUUUGCAAUUGAUAAUGUUGAAAAAUUACCAGACCCAUGUCCCACACCUUAUUUUCAACAGAAACUUGAUGAGUACGAACGUGAAUUGGUUAAACAGCAAGAAGGUGCUGCAAGUGUCUCAAAAAUUCCACGUCGUAGAAAAAGGUUGGAUGAUAAUCAAAAAAUAAUUUAUGCACCAAUGAGUGAUGUUGGUGGCGUUUUAGUUGACAAAGAUGCCGUGUAUAUUGAUGUGGGUAAGAAUGGUCCAAGUUUUGUCCCCGGUGAAGAAAGGGGAGAAGGAGAAAAAUUGGUUACCAACCUACAAAACGUCGACAAAACUUUAAAUGAUCAAUUCGAAGGUGUUGGUUUGCAAUUGUUUUCCAAUUCCAAAGAAUUGCACGCGGUUGAGGAACAGCAGCAAAAUGAAGAGUUAGAAGAUGGUGAUUCCGGUAGAAAAACUUUAAGAAACCCAAGGAUAUAUGGGAAACCAAUUCAAGAUGAAGAUGAGGUUUCCAAUGCUUAUGAAGAAGAAUAUGAUGAGGAUGAUGUUGAACCGCCCGAAAAGAUUGAAAUUGAUUUUGAUGGGAGUUUAAAUAAAAGCAAUAUAGAAAGUGAUAGUGCUUUUGAACUAAGCAAUACUGAAACUUGGGAGCAGUCAACUGCUGAUAAACUAAACGGUGCAGUUAAUUACAAAAAGAAAUGGGAUAUUGGAAAAUUGAUUUACAUGGACAAUAUUUCACCAGAAGAUUGUAUUAAAAGGUGGAGAGGUGAAGAAGAAGAAGAAGAGGAAGUUAUAGAUAGGGACAAUCAGGAUGAUUUUUUUAUUAAAAAACAACAACCUAACAACUUGGAUGAUAAAAACACCAUUAGUCCAAAUAGAAAAGCUCACUCUGAUGAUUUGGAAAACUUUGUUCCCUAUUUUGAUACAAUGGAAAAUUUAAUUAGUAAGUGGAGUAAAAGUGCUAGUUUCAAAGAUCUACAAAAAAGAUUUAUUAUUGCACCAAAAAUUGCUACUAAUGAGGAGGAGGAAGAAGAUGAUGAUAAUGAAAUAGAGGAUGACGUAGAAGAUGAAGUUUACGAUGAUUUCGAAGAUUUAGAAGUCACUAGUGAUAGUAAUGGUAAGCAACAAGAAACAUACGAUUCUGAAAACGAUUCAUUUGCCAAUUUUGAUGACGAAGAAGCGGAGGAAAGAGAUUCAUCAAUUGAUGAACUUAAUGAAGAGCAAUUGAGUGUUGAACAACAGAGGGAAAUUAAUGCAGCUAAAAAGGAAAAGCUUCGUUUACAAUUUGAAAUGGAAGAAGGCGACAAUUUUAAAGACGAUGAUCCUAAUAAUGAAUAUGAUACGUGGUACGAAUUACAAAAAGCCAAGAUUGCUAAACAGCUGGAAAUUAACAAUACUAUAUUAGAUACCAUGACACCGGAACAAAGACAAGCCAUCGAGGGUUAUAAGCCGGGCACUUAUGUACGUAUUGUUUUCGACAAUGUUCCGAUGGAAUUUGUAAAUAACUUUGAUCCUAAGUUCCCCGUGGUCCUAGGUGGUUUAUUACCAACAGAGUUAAAAUUUGGUAUAAUGAAUGCCAGACUGAGGAAGCAUCGUUGGCACAAAAAGAUUUUGAAAACUAACGAUCCAUUGGUUGUUUCUUUGGGUUGGAGAAGAUUUCAAACGUUACCAAUAUAUACUACAAGUGAUAGUAGAACAAGAACUAGAAUGUUGAAAUACACUCCUGAACACGCAUAUUGUCAAGCAAGUUUCUAUGGACCAUUGUGUUCGCCAAAUACAACGUUUUGUGCAGUUCAGAUUGUUGCUAAUAGCGACACAACAAAUAAUUUUAGAAUUGCCGCCACUGGUAUCAUUGAAGAAAUUGAUGCCAAUGUGGAAAUUGUUAAAAAAUUGAAAUUGGUUGGUUAUCCGUAUAAAAUUUUUAGAAACACUGCUUUCAUCAAAGACAUGUUCAACAGUGCCAUGGAAGUUGCUCGUUUUGAAGGUGCACAAAUUAAAACUGUCAGUGGUAUUAGAGGUGAAAUUAAAAGGGCAUUGAGUUCUCCAGACGGAUGCUUUAGAGCUACCUUCGAGGACAAAAUUCUAUUGAGUGAUAUUGUUAUGUUGAGGACAUGGUAUCCAGUUGUUGUCAAACGAUUUUAUAAUCCGGUCACUUCUAUGUUAUUAAAAAAUAAGAACGAAUGGAAGGGAAUGAGAUUAACUGGUAAAAUUAGAGCUGAUAUGAAUAUCGAGACUCCUAUGAAUUCGGACAGUGCAUACAAAAAAGUGGAAAGAGUGGAAAGACACUUUAACGGUUUGAAAGUCCCUAAGAGUAUUCAAAGAGACUUGCCCUUCAAAUCACAAAUUCACCAAAUGAAACCACAAAGGAAAAAAACAUAUAUGGCUAAAAGAGCAGUUGUUUUAGGUGGUGAAGAAAAAAAGGCACGUUCCUUUAUGCAAAAAGUCUUUACUAUUGCUAAGGACAAAGAAGCCAAAAGAAAGGCCAAGAAACAAGAACAAAAUGUAGAAAGAUUGAAAAGAAGAUCCAAAGCUGACGCACAGCAAAGAGAAAAGGACAAGGAAAAGAAGAAAAAGUAUUUCUCAAAGACAGGCGGGAAAAGAUCAAAUGAAGACGAUGGACAAUCGGCCGGAGGUAAUAAGAGAAGAAAGUGA